AUGACUGAUUUACUGGCCCGUUUGGUUGACCAGCAAGGUCAAAUACCUAGUAACCAGCAAAGGGACCCUGAGUUAGAAGGUACGGCCCAUUCCUGGUGGAACGUAGUAAGAGCCAAGUGGGAAAAGAAGCAAACCCCACGUACUUGGUUAAACUUCACUAGGGAAUUCAAUGAGAAGUUCCUUCCGCCCUUAAUCCAGGAGAAAAGAGAUGACGAGUUUAUUAAACUGCGCCAAGGCACUUCAAGUGUGGCGGAAUAUGAGACCCAGUUAACUCGACUCUCCAAGUUUGCUCCAGAAUUGGUGGUUAGUGAACAAAAGCGCAUAAAGCAAUUUGUACAAGGAUUGAAUGUGGAAAUUCAAAAGGAUUCAGCUGCUGCUCAAAUCGACACUUUUAAAGAUGCUCUUGAAAAAGCGCAACGAGUGGAGCAGGCCCGAUUUCAAGUUUGGACCUUUCAAACUAAGAGGCGUGGUACAUCUAGUAGUGCUCCUGGGCGAGGUGAUCAUAAUAUGCCACCUCCUAAGUUUGGAAGAGGUGCGGGUGGAACCCGAACUGCUGGGACACCGAGAGGAGGAGCUCCAUCUAGAAGAGCUCACAGUAGAAGGGGACAGGGACAACAGAGGACUAUCUCCCAAGGAGUUCCUGCGACCACUACUCGUGCAAGCUGUGGAUAUUGUGGUAAGCUAAACCACACCAAGGACACUUGCUGGCGAAAAAUGAGGAAGUGCCUCCGUUGUGGAAGUUUCGAGCAUCAGAUCGCUGCUUGCCUUGUUAAGAACCAUGACGGGAACGAGGGUGCACAGCCGGAGAAGUCAAACCCUAAGCAACCAACCGCUACUGGAAGUAGACCAAAAUCCUCUACUAGGGUUUUUGCCUUGGACUAUCAACGAGCCCCUGAGUCAUCUGAAGUAGUGGAAGGUACGAUCCCUGUAUUCCACCACUUAGCUAAGCUUUUAAUUGACCCUGGGGCGACCCAUUCUUUUGUGAAUCCUGCCUUUAUGUGUGGUAUUGCUGUGAAUCCUGUUAAAUUGCCCUACAAUUUAGAAGUUAGAACACCCAUUGGGGAUCAAAGCCUAAUUACCAAUAUGGUUUAUAAAAAUUGCGAGAUUUGGGUAGGAGAAAGGAAAUUGGUGGGAGACUUGAUAAGUUUAAACCUUAAGGGGUACGACGUGAUUAUAGGCAUGGAUUUGUUGGCCCGUUAUAAUGCUCAAUUGAACUGUAAAACUAAGGUGGAAGAAUUCUCUAUACCCGGAGAGGCAACUCUAAGACUGGAUGUGAGAGGUAGGUUAGCCCCGUCUGCACUUGUUUCGGGAAUUCGAGUUAGAAAGUUAUUGAGUAAGGGGACGCAGGUUUACUUAGCCUUCUUAAUUAAUACUCCUAAAGAUAAGGUGAAACUGGAGGAUGUUUUAGUAGUGAAUGAAUUUCCUUAUUCUUUCCCGACGAGUUGA